CCCCAGCCUAACUUGGCAAAUGGCAACUAGCUCACUAUGUUUUUUCCACGGUGUCGUCCGUCUGUCACCCCCCAGGACGGAGGAGUAUCCUUCUGUGACUUAACUUGCAGGUCUCCAAGUGGGAAUGGGAACGCACAAGCCUCGUCUCUCGGUUGGAGGUUUACGCCAAUAACCUUCCCCUAUUCCAUCCCCCCCUAUACCGUGCCUCUUACUUCUUCUUCCAUUUCAAGCAUCUUCAAUAGUCCUUUACACUUCGAGGCAUACCAGCACAGGCCUCCAGAGGUGACAUCUCAUGCCGUGAUCCCAAUCUUAACGCUCAAGAUGGCGAUGGACAAUCACCCCAACCAGUAACCCCGCAACCAGAUGUGAUUUGCAUCUACCCCAUCUCCCAGCUACAAAGUAUAUUCCGGAAGCUUAAGCAGGAAGCAAGGGGCCCGGUUUAGCAGAGCGUAUACGCUGUCAUUCCUUGGUUAGACCCGACGAUCUGGGAAACCGAUGGCCUGUCACAGCUGGCAGAUAUAUGUUUAGAAACUGUCCGAAUUUCGAGAACAGACGGCCGGUCACACAGAGACGUCGUAACCCCUCGACUGCCCUCACGCAUCCUGGUGGACCGAUUGUGCGGGUGACGCAGAUCGAAACCUUCUGCUGAUUCUUAGCUGUGUAGCGUCCAGGAACCGGUGACCUCCGUACCAUGGCUCGGUCCCAAUAGUACCCGGCAGUCGGCGACGCGCAUUGCUCUCAAGAUUGAGUAGGAUACGAUACCUAAGGAUUGUGAACCAUGAUGACAUUCUUUGUGCGUAGUCAAGGUUCAAUCUCAAGAUCUGGCGGACGACAGGCCAUGGGUACCUGCCUACGGAUUAUGCACGACUGCUGUCUUGUGUCCGAUUGGCGGACAAUAUCCCUCCCCUAGCAGUACUCUGUAGUGCCGCAGUGUGCAGUAAUGUACUGGUGUAAUGCUCCACGCAAGCUCUGGAUACAUACCACUAUAUCCUAAACGCAAAACCUUUGAAUAGAACCACUUCUUUUGGAUGAUGGAUCCCAC